GCGGCGCGUGGCGCGUCUUGCCGGCGGCUCCGCCUCCUGCUGCACGGACCGGCGGCGCUGCGGCGGGCGGUGAGCCGGGAGCGAGCCGGGAGCGAACCAGGUUUGUGGAAAACCUAGAUUUCCAACAUGAAUAAAGAUGCCCAGAUGAGAGCAACCAUUAACCAAAAGCUAAUAGAAACAGGAGAGCGAGAACGCCUUAAAGAGUUGCUGAGAGCCAAGUUAAUUGAAUGUGGCUGGAAGGAUCAGUUGAAGGCACAUUGCAAAGAUGUCAUUAAAGAAAAAGGAUUAGAACAUGUUACUGUUGAUGAUUUGGUGGCAGAAAUCACUCCCAAAGGCAGAGCUUUGGUACCAGACAGUGUAAAGAAAGAACUCUUGCAAAGAAUAAGAACCUUCCUUGCUCAGCAUGCCAGUCUUUAACUUUGACAUUCAUCUGGGGUACAGUGUUUCUGCAUUACAUCAGUCAUGUCAGGAUUGGAAUGCAGUUUACAUACUUAAGGAUGGAAAAUCAUUACUUUUUCUUUGCACUGCAUUGAUUUCUUAAACUUGGUGUUAUUUUAAUAAAAAAUUUUGUGGA